AUGCAGGACCAGUCCAACCAUCUUGCCUCAGUUGGCCAGACCUAUUACGAUCUUGGCUCGCAUAAUCGAUCAGUGACUACCUCUUCGGCAGAAACCCAGCUGUGGUUCGAUCGCGGAUUGGUAUGGGCGUUCUCUUUCAAUCAUGAUGAAGCAGAAAGAUGCUUCCAACGAGCAGCGGAAAGUGAUCCCAAUUGCGCGAUGGCGUUGUGGGGAGUCGCCUACGCAGCCGGGCCGAAUUACAACAAGGCCUGGAAGUUCUUUGAUUCAGAAGAUCGCCGGGCUUCUAUUCAGAAGGUCAAUGAUGUCCUAGCACGAGCCUCCAAGCUGGCAAGUCACGCCACCCCAGCCGAGCAGGCAUUGAUCGAAGCCAUUGGUGCCCGCUUUCCAUCCGUCGAUGCCAUACCUGACGACCUGGGUCCCUAUGAUCGCGCAUACGCAGAUGCCAUGCGACCUAUGUAUCAGAAAUUCAGCAACGAUAUGGAUGUCGCUGCUCUGUUCGCCGAGGCACUGAUGUGUAUCAGCCCACGCGGACUGUGGGAUUUGGAUAGUGGCAAACCUACAGGAGAUCACACGGUUGAGGCUCGCAAUGUCAUCGAGCUGGGGCUGAAGCAGACUACCGGUCGCAAUCACCCGGCACUCUGUCAUCUAUAUAUACACCUGAUGGAGAUGUCUCCAUUCCCGGAAUUGGCUCUACCAGCUGCGGAUCGACUCCGUGGGUUGGUCCCGCAUGCUUCGCACAUGUUGCAUAUGCCCACGCAUAUCGAUGCCGCAGUGGGUGACUACCGCCGUGGCAUCGACUCCAACCACCAAGCAAUGCUUGCCGACGACAUCUAUUUUGCCCGGGAGACAAACCCAAUUAUUAUGUACACAGCAUACCGGAUACAUUAUAUCUGUGCGAAAAUGUAUUCUGCUUUGAUGUCUGGCCGCUUCUCCGACGCAAUGUCUGCUGCGGAAAAGCUCGAAGAGGUCAUAACUCCCCAAGUGCUGGCGAUAAAAAGCCCUCCGAUGGCAGACUUUGUCGAGAGCUUUGCGGGGAGCAAGGCACAUGUUCUCGUGCGUUUUGGUCGCUGGGAGCAGAUUCUUAGCCUUGAGCUUCCGAAGGAUCGUGAUACAUAUUGCGUGACCACAGCUAUCAUCUAUUACACACGUGGGCUUGCGUUUAGCGCACUUGGACGGAUUGAAGAAGCCGAAAAUGCCCAGAGAGAUUUCGAAACGGCGCGCAAGGCAGUCCCUAGUAGCCGUUUCAAUAGCAUUCCGUGCAAACAAGUAGAUGUCCUAGCGGUAGCCUCAGCCAUGCUUGCGGGAGAGCUGGAAUACAGGAAAGGAAACAUCGAGCAAGGAUUUUCCUUCCUUAGGGAAGCUAUUGUGCGCGAGGAUGGACUUGCGUACUCUGACCCGUCUCCCUGGAUGCAGCCAGUCCGCCAUGCACUUGGUGGCCUGCUUCUAGAACAGAAUCGUGUCGAGGAGGCGGAAGUGCUGUUCAAACAGGAUUUGGGAUUCGACCCGGACUAUCCUCGGCGCAGGGCAAAGCUCAACAAUGUAUGGGGGUUGCAUGGCUUACAUGAAUGUCUCACUCGCCUUGGAAAGACUGCGGAGGCGGCUUUUAUUGAACCUGCACGCGACAUUGCCUUAGCAUCUGCGGACGUUCCAGUGAAUGUUUCAUGCUUUUGUCGAACGUCCGCGGUUCAAAAGGAUGGAUGUUGUGAGUGCUGA